AUGUAUUCAGAAGAAUUGUUUAAAGAGGCAUUAGAAGACGUAAAUAAAGGCAUAUUUAUCAACGGAGCACUUCUGAAUAAUCUUAGAUACGCAGAUGACACAAUACUUCUUGCAGACAGCAGAUAAGGACUACAGGUCUUUGUUGAUCGCAUUACAAGUCUAGAAGAUCACAGUAUAAAAUGGCGCAGAAUACAAAUAAAACAAAAAUCAUGGUGGACUAUAAGCAAGAAUUAGAUUAAGGAAGACAGUGUUUAUGCUAAAGGAAAACUUUUAGGCAGGGUGCACAAAUAUCAGUACUACUAAAUGAAGAUAUGGGAUAGAAGUACGGAAAUAAAACGGUGUAUUGAGAUAGCUAGAAGUGCUUUUAAUAAGAUGAAAGCAAUAUUAUGGAAUGGAAAACUCAACAUUGAAAUUAGAACUAGAGUAUUAAGAUGCUACGUGUUCUUUGUCCUGUUGUAUGAAGUUGAGGCUUGGACAAUUACAGAGGCGACAGAGAAAAGACUCAUUAAAUUUAAAAUGUAGUGUUAUCGAAGAAUGUG